AUGGUGUAUGGCAGACAUAUGGGCCACCUGGAAGAAACGCACGCCAUUAAAGAUACAAAGCCGACAGAAAGACCCAAGAAGAUGCAAUGUCCAAGUAUAUUCCAACGCUUCAAAAAUGCUAUUUCUUGGGAUGGAGGACAUAGUCGUCGAUCGUGGAAAGAGUACCCCGCUGAACCUACCUUGAAUGAAUCUACAAUGAGGGCACUAUUGGAAGUCGAAGGCGAUCUUUUAAGAGUUGUAUUUCCUGAAGACAAUGUCUCUGCAAGAUCCAAACAACCCAAAUCGCAAGCUGCCACAUCUAAACUCCUUACAAGAAUCUUGCCGACCACUAAAUCGGAUAUCGCGUACGAACAAAAAGUGUUUGGACCUAGUAUCGCUCAAGAGAAAGCGGAUGCUUCUGCUGUCUGUAGUGUCAAAUUUCUCACUGCGAAUUCUUGCGAUCCUCUCACAUACAUCAAGUCUCAUGAUACAGAAGAUAAGAUACCAGAGCCAGUUGGCGAUAAACUAGUUUCUUAA